CUGACACAAAAUUAAAAGCAAAAUUUGACAGUGCCGAAUCUGCAAUGUAAGACCAAAAUAUUUACAAAAAAAUAUUUACAAUUUCUAUUGAUUUUAGUUAUUUAUGGAAGGCUAUGGGUACACGUACCCUCCUCAUUUCCCUCAGAUGGGUUACCCGGACGGGGAGUACCCGGACCAUGGGGAUGGCUUUGGGGAGUACUAUGGUUUAGGACCACUGAAUGGCGAUCGGGAGGGUAACAGACGCAGUCGUUCCAAAAGACGUGACACAAAAAGUUCCCGUUCAAGAAGUAGAACCGUUUCCAAAUCUCGAUCUCGUUCACGAUCCAGAACGAGAACUAGGUCUCGAUCUAAAUCUCGCAGUCGAUCUAGAUCUAGAACUCGAACGAGAUCUAGAAGUCGUACUCGAUCUCUAUCUGGCAGCAAAAAGGAAUUGAACUUGAAAGAACCGAGUAUUUUGGAUGCGUUUAGAGUAUUGUAUUUGACACCGAGCAAACACAAAAAGAGCACAACCAAAUAUUUAGCAACGAAGAAGCGACAAGACCGAAUACAAGAGCUAUUGAAAAGCGAUGGUCUGGGUUCCAAGCGAUGGCUUUUCUAUCCCCGGUCCCAAAACCGGAUUCCCAUAGAUCCAGAUGAAGUACCAGGUACGAGGGACAACUGCGACCAGCGAGUGAAAAUAGAUGGGGACUUCUUCAGGAAAUACAAGAGAAGUAAUAAGGUAGACGCGGACGCUCCUAUAGCGAAGCUGAAGAGGUGGGAGUUGGUCUUUUAUAAGAAGCUAGGAUUUAUACAGGCUGUUUAGUUUUGUAGAGGAAUAAAGUUUUUGUCUUAUGUUGAUUGUU